GCAGACCUUUCACUGGGCACGAGGCGGGCAGUGUCUCGAGAGAGUGAGUGAGAGAGGUACUUCGUGAAAAGCCUCCGCGUGGUUCUUCCUUCUGGAUUGUUCUUAUUCGCUUUAAUAGGAAGACGUAAUAUAUCGAAGGCUGUGGAUGGAUAAUCGGUUGUGAUGCGAGGCGAGAGCGGCGAAGCCAUCGUGGGCGCGGGCGUGGGGGAUGAGGGCAUGCUAUCGCGACAGAGCUCCGGGGGCGUCAAGUCCCCCGCCAGCCCCCCCUUGAGCGCCGCGGCCUCGCAGGUGUCGCUGGCGCCCAGCGACCUCACCACCAGCGACCCAGACAUCGCCGGCUCGUCCGCCUACUCGUCGGCGCCCUCCUCCAGGCCGCCCUCGUCCUCACAGGUGUCCCUGGCGCCCAGCGACCUGCACUCCAGUGACCUCGACCUCACGGCCACCUCCUCUCCCGCGUCCUCCCGCCCGCCCUCGUCCUCGGGCAUUGCCACGCCCGACCUCACGCUCCCCGCGCCCGAGGACUACACAGCAGAGACAGUGGAGUUCCCGACGAGUCCCUUGGCCAUGAAGACGGUGGGCCUCAAAUCCAACGGCGUGUGCCUCAUGGACUCCGAGGAUUCAGGGACAGGCACACGCAGCAUGUCCAACUUCCUCAGUCCAGACUACAAACCAGAUGAGCUAGAAUCUUGUGAGAAUUCUCCCAGACAGGGAGAUGGCUUUGAAGUCAGUAGUGAUCUAGAGGAGGAUUAUUUCGAAGAGUUCCAUCUGCCAAACUCACACGAAAACGCCUUCGUGCGGCACAAGAGCUUCCGCCGCAAGGUCAACCUGACCCCCAUCAACGCCCCCGACGCCGAGAAGAUCGAGGGCCUCGUGCGGGCGGGGGAGUUCCAGAGGCACGGCAGCAUGCGGCGGAAGAUCGUGCCCGCCGAGACCACCAUCCAGGAGCACGUCGACAAUGAAAAGUCCGCGUUGGAUAGCAAUGAGAACAUCAAGGAGGCUGGAGCGCACGUCACGCUCAAUUCCGAGGUGGGAACAUUUGCCAAAGACCUCCAGGAAAUCGAAAAUCUGUUGAAUGACUGCGAAGUGGGGGAAGACAUCUCGGACAUCGUGCUCGAUGCAAGCGCGGGCAAUGAUCUGAGGAAAGAAUUGGAAGAAAGUGACAGAUCGACGCUCAACCCGGGCAAAAUCCAACACACGAACACAUCCACGCCCAAAACUAACAGCACAAGGAGCACCUCCACUUACGCCGCGACAGACCUGAGUUUGAGUCUGACGGAGGAUAGCCGCGAAGACGAGAGCCUCAGCAUCGAGCAAAGUACGCUCAUGAAGGUGCGAGAGUGCCUAGACUUCACCAAGUACAGAGACCUGUACAACCUGAGUGGCAGACUGCAGGACAUUCUGACACCAAAAGAAGUGGAGGAGAUACUGAAUAAUUCCGAGCGGUAUAGUGAAUACGUAGAUAAGGAAAUAAUCGAAGCAUUACAUAACUCCCUGCAAGAACAGAUUAGUUCACACAAUACCAGAAACACAGUGGACAGUGGAAUUUCCUCACCAAAGAAAACGGUCAUAACGACGGAAGGCCUCGAUCUGGGCAACACCGUCAAAAAGGAUAUCAGGGCAGUUUUCGAUGACAGCAGUCCAGUAGUUCAUGAAAAUGACAGCAAUAGUUCAAAGCGGUCCUCAGAUAUCUUCAUUGACGACAUUGACUUUGAUGACAGUGAUGACACAGCCUUCAGAUUUGAGAGGCGCAGAUCCCUCAGGCUGAGCAAGGAGGGCCACGAAGAGCUAGAGGUCGAAGGGGUCUUUGUCGAGAGCAAGUCGCAGGACCUCGGCAUGAAGAAGAUCCCGGCCCCUGUUCUCGACCUGAGCGGGGCGACGAGCGAAGACCUCAACGACGUGCCAGACCUGUCCAACUCUGAGAUCCCGUGCACUCCCCAGAAGCCCGAUUUGCCAGGGGAGAGCGAAACCCGCGUGCCAAACGGCGUCGCUCAGAACAAGCCGUUGGAGGUGCCAGACAUUGUUAUUACCGGGACUUGUGAGGAGCAGAACGAGACCCAAGACGAGUCCUCUGAAAAGCUUUUGAUCGAAGGUAGCGACUUAUCCGAGGUUACUACUCCGUCCCUCAUCAAUACUCCGAGCACCACUUUUGAAUACAUGACGCCCGACGAAGAGAGACCAAAGGACCUUGAUUUCGGGAACAUCAGCCAACGCAAGCGCAUUUCCGUGGCCGAAGACAUCUUGCGGUCGCCGGUGGAAGAUGACAACAUCUCGGUUGCUUCGGCAUUUAGUCAGCGCAGCGACGGGGAAGACGAAGAUGAAGAUGGCUUUGGUGAUGAGGAUUUGGAUAUCUACCAGACACCUAAGGGAAACCUCGGAGCCCCCUGCGAGAGCACCCAGCACCUGGAGCCCAUCCCCACCCCCCCUCCACAGCUCCUCAUUCCAGAGUUCUCCGCCUCCGAGGAGUCUGCAGAGGAGAGGCACUGGAGGAGCGUCGUCAUCGGCGGCGUCUGGCGCAGAAUAGACAUGAAGGUCAUCGCGCCCUAUCGCAAGUGCGUGAGUCACGGAGGCUACCUGGGUGGAGAUCAGAAUGCAGUCAUCGUCAUCAGUGCCUGCCAGUUGCCAGACCGCUCACGAAGAGACUACAACUAUGUCAUGGAUAACUUGUUCCUUUAUGUUUUGUCAACUUUGGAGCAGCUGAUUGCUGAUGAUUAUGUAUUAGUUUACCUUGCUGGAGGAACUCCCAAGUCCCACAUGCCCAAUUUCCACUGGUUAAAGCGAGCCUAUCAGAUGAUCGACCGCAAACUGCGAAAGAACCUAAAGGCCCUCCAUGUGGUGCACCCCACCUUCUGGGUUCGCACAGUUGUCGCCUUCUCCAGACCUUUCAUAAGCACGAAGUUUUACCGGAAGCUUACCUUUGUCAAUAACCUUACGGAGUUAGCACAGGUUGUUCCCCUCGAUCAGCUAGACAUUCCAGAUGCUGUUAAACACCAUGAUGAGAAUAGGAGAUCCAUCUUUGCUUUGCUGGGUCUCACUCCCUAUGAACCAGAGCGGACUUUGAGCUAAUGAUUCGGGAGAAGAAGAAGAAUCUCAACAAGAGCAGAACACCCUCUCUGGUAGCCAGAUGAGGCACUUGUUCUCCACUUCUCUGAAUUUUUUUGCCUGUUGUUCGUCAGUUCAGACAGUCAUUGCUUGAGAGGUCUUUGAGAGUGUUUGUGUAUCUGGAUGUGUAUUGCCUUUUCUCUUCUUGUUCUUUUGUUUCCAAAAUAAUUGUUUUAGUAAUGAGAAUAACAUCUUCCUGUCAAGCUUCUUUUGUAUGAAUGAAAAAGCAAACUUUUUGCAUUAUAUUGAUUGUUAUUUUGUGAGAAUGUUAUGUAACAUGUAUGUCUGUCUGUGCUGUUUUUUUUAUCAUUAAUGUCUUCAGGUUGUAGCUGUCUGUAUAUGCAUUUCAAAUAUGAAUCAUUUAAAUAGGUUUAUGAUGUGGAAAAUAGUGUGGUUACAAUCAUAUAGCUGCCUGUGUCUGAAACCCUGUGCUGAAGCAGUGCAUUUAAAAGUUACAAGGAAAAGUCAUUUAUAUUAAGUUAAAAACUGUUUCAGAUAUCAGUUCUCAAUAGGUAGUGAAAUAUGUCUUUGCUUCAUGUAUUACAAAAAUAGUUUUGGAUUUUGAAAUGUCAGGAGCUGUAGAGAAGAUUGUACUGUGUAAAUAUGUAAGGUAGAAGGUAUUUGCCAAAUUUGGAGGAACUGGCUCUUAGCAAUUAACCUUUUUCUUCAUUCAUGAUACAAAGUCUGAUUACUUAGGGCCCCUAUGCAUAUUCUGUAUAUAUAACCUUACAUGCCAUAUGACUUAUAUUUCUAACCAUCUGGAGAAACUUAAAUGAAGCUUCCGGUCUUCAGAUGGAAUGUCACCGAAAUGUUUAGUUUCUCCUACUCCUGUAAAUAUAACAUUAAUGUGAUAUCCUAUGUGAUACUGGUAACUGUAGGGUGAUGAUCAUGACAGUUAACAGUGACUGGGAAAAAAGGAGAAAGUGUGUUUUUUUCCAUUUAUUUAUUUUUUAUUUAAACAUAUUCUUAUCAGUACAGAAAGAAGCAUUAUCUUUUAGAUGUGUGGGUGAAGGUUUGUAUCUGUAUUGUUUUGCAGUUGCAAGCCACAAUUGAAUUUAAAAAAGCUUCUGCUAGUGAAGGGACUUUAAAAGGACUGAUAUAUUUCCUGUGUAGAUUUUCCUUCAGUGAUUUGAUCCACCUCUUUGCAGAUCAGCUAUUUACUAGUCCUUAUCAUCCACUUUGAAGAGCUUUAUAUUAAUAUAAAUGUAGUGCUUCCACUUAACAUACUUGAUGAUAAACAAAUCAUAGGUUGAUCAAUUCAAACUUUUGAAUUUUCCCUUUUUUCCCCCUCUUAUCAUAUGCUUCACAGCACUUAAAGAAGUACUUCAGCUUUAAGUGUGACUAAAUCUUACAGCUGUUCAAUUUAUGUCUUGCAUAUUUUAACUAGCUAUUGUGUGCAUAUGAAGAUGUAUAUUUAUUUUCUUUUAUAUAGUAAGUAAAGUUAACCUUGUGUUGACCUAAUAAACAAAAUCAAAUAUUA